GUCCGUCCGCUCUCCAUAGAAAGUUGCAGAGCUGUCAGAGACAGAGAAGCAGAAGGAUCGCGGCGGACUUUCCAUGGAUGAGGUGAGCCACAGUUCCUUCACUACAGCUCUGAAGGCUUAGCUAGCUACAGACUAUCUGCUUCCCUGUCCAGUGUACCUCAGAGGCACCAUUAUUUUACCAUGCUUCCUAUAUACUACACAUAUAGAAAGUGUGCCCCCAAAGCCGCCCAGAUCCUUCUCAUCUCCGUUACUUGGUUCUGUAGCGCUGGCGGACAUGACUCAGUUAUCACAGAGUCAUCAAAAUUAGCUUCUUAUUUUGGAACCAAGACCAGAUAUGAAGAAGUCAAUCCCUUCCUCCUGUCAAGUCCUCUGUUGGUUACAAGGAAGCAUGAUCUACUGCCAAAUUCUUGCACCCCUCUCCAAAUAGUCUCUGUGAUCAGGCAUGGGACACGAUACCCUACCAAAAAGCAAAUACAGAAGCUGAAGAAAAUGUACAGCCUAAUCGAAGAAAGUACAAGCAACUGUGAGCUGGUAAAGGAGCUGAAGAGCUGGGACAUGUGGUAUGAGGACUGGAUGGAUGGACAACUGGUGAAGAAAGGAGAGGAGGACAUGAAGAACCUGGCUUAUAGACUGGCUUCUCUCUUUCCUUCCCUGUUCACGUCGGACAAGUUCCAUAAAUGUAAAAUGUCUUUUACCACCAGCUCUAAGCAUCGAUGUGUUGACAGCACAAAAGCUUUUAUCAGCGGGCUGGCACACACUUACCUCAGACUUCCUCUACCAACUGAAGAUACACGGGAAAGUGCGGCGUGCAGAAACCCUGUGGUCAAUGACACUUUAAUGCGUUUCUUUGAUCACUGUGAGAAGUUUGUGGCCCAAGUAGAAGAUAAUGACACAGCAAUGCAUGAAGUGGACAAGUUUAAGAAAGGACCAGAAAUGAGGAGAGUGCUGAAGAAAAUAUCUGACCUCCUAAGCGUUCCAGAGCAUGAGCUGGAUGCAGAUUUAAUACAAGUGGCCUUUUUUACCUGCUCGUUUGAACUGGCCAUCAACAAUGUUGCCAACUCUCCAUGGUGCAGGCUGUUUGAUGAAGAAGAUGCCAAAGUCUUGGAAUACCUCAAUGACCUGAAACAGUAUUGGAAGCGGGGCUAUGGGUAUGAUAUCAACAGCCGCUCCAGCUGUAGCCUGUUCCGGCAUAUCUUCCAGCACUUGGACACUGCGGUUUCUGAAAGUAAAAGGUCCAAGCAGAUCUCCACCCCCGUUGUUAUGCAAUUUGGGCAUGCCGAGACUCUCUUGCCAUUAUUGGCCCUGAUGGGACUGUUUAAGGAUGAGAAACCUUUGACCGCUGACAACUUCUCCAAACACGUGGACCAGAAGUUUCGCAGUGGCAGAAUUGUGCCUUACGCUUCAAACCUUGUGUUAGUCCUGUACCACUGUGAUUUGGCAGAGUCCCCUGAGGAAGAGUACCAAGUUCAGAUGCUGCUUAAUGAAAAUCUUCUUCCCUUCCCUCAUACCCAAGAGUCUGUCUGUCUUUUUGAUGACUUGAAGAAGCAGUACAGCCACCUUCUUGACGGCUGCCAUGUCAAAGACGAGUGCCAACUGACAGCAGCUUAUACCUCUGAGGGUGAGCUAUGAGAUGGUUAUGGGUAGAUAAAUUGAGGCUUCUCAGCUGCUGGUGGAACAAUUUCCAGGCUGGGAUGUAGAGUCCACCAGCUGCUGGUAGGCAGUAGGUACUAUCCGUCAGGUUUGUGGUGGAGUCCAAUGAAUUACCAAUGAUUUCCAUUUCUUCCACCUCUGGGAACAGGUGAAUUGUUCUUUUUUUUUUAUUUUUUGGCAUACCUACCCUGAGUUUGAGUAGGCCAGUAUGCCAUCAGUAUUUUGUGCUUUACAAUCUUAGUGCUUUAUUGGAGGUUCCGUGCAAUAUUUAGGAGUGGCAUUUUUCUUAUCUGCUUGCUUUCCAAAAUUGAUUUUGGUGAGCUGUAUAUUGUGGCGCAAUCAUGCUGACUUUACAUAUGGCGCACACUCCCUCAGUAUAGGCUAUAACCGUUGGGUGAUGGAGGAGGACUAGCCGACCCUAGGUUGAAUGUGGCUACAUUGUUCGGAGCAGUGAAUUCUCUUCUUGGCAGCUUAUGCAACUUAAUUACAAGGUUAGCCCACUCAUGGGAACUGAGCCCACUCAAUGAUGGGCUAUGUGUUUGGAGCUACAAAAGAGCCUUGUAUGUAGACAGUCAAGAUUAGAUUUAGUAGCCUGUAUGAAUGACUUUCCAGUAUGUAAAAGUUUACAGAGACCAAACAUUCAAGAGAGGAUUGUGCACAUGUAUACGAUUCUUUACAUAGCUGACAUCCUUAGACUGACAUGUUUGCAGCAUUAUAUGCUUCAAGUGCAACUGACAAUGAAAUUUUUUAAGCUCUGGUGUAGUUAUAGGAUGCAGUGGGGCAAGUCACAAUUGGGCCCCUACAACAAGAGCCACAAUGUGCAAUACAGAGGUGCUAUGACCAAACAAAUGACAAAUUGAAUUACACUAGGCUGAGUUAUUCUUUUUUUUUCCCCACCAGUUGUCAUUUUUUUAAAUCAGGGCAAAAAGCUUUACGUAUCUCUGUUUUAGAGUCAAGUCAAUGAGUGAGAUCAUCUCCAGAUGAGCAAUGCUGAGUGGUCGCUAAGACAUCAUCAAGGGUCUUGUACCUUCCAAGUGCUGCUAAAAUAGGGUUAGACUUUAAAGGGGUUAUCCGGGUUAAAAUAAUGAUGGACCCCCACCAAUAUGGUAAUGCUGACCUAUCCACUGGAGAGGUCAUCAUUACCAUAUUGGUGGGGGUCCAAGUCCCAGCACCCCUGCCAAUC